ACUUUUUUGUGCUUAGCCGCCGCCGGGAACUUCACAUCGGCUUCGGCCUCUGCCUUAGAGCUAAAAUAAAAUAAAUAUGUAUAUAGCGUUUGUUUAUUAAAUAAAAGUCGAAAUUAUCUACAUUACAAAUAGAAAUAUAAUUUGUUUUGCAUUGGUCUGCGGAGUGUUCGUAUUACUUUCCCCAGAGUACAAAAAAUAAGCACAUAAAAUGCCUGUGAAAAAUGGUGGCGGCGAGUCUGAUGGUGACGUCUCAGGUGGUGCGGAGUCAGAGCAUUCCAAUUCCAGCCAAGGUCACGAAUCCAGCGAUGAGGAAGCAAAUGAAAUUGACUCCGACGAUUCAUCCGAAAUGGAUGUUAAUGAAAUAGAAAGGAGGCGAUCGGAAUGUCUAGAAAUCUUGGAUCACUUGGAAAAGCAAUUUAAUCAGUUGCGCGAGCAAUACUAUACCGAACGUAUUAACCAAAUUGAACGCCAAUCUGCUGAGGUGCGUAACGGGCGUUCAGAAGAGUACUUACAACCUCUUAAGGAAUUAGACAAAGUCUAUAAGAAUCGUAUAGAAGUGGCAGAAAUAUUGAGGCGAUAUCGUUUGGAAAAUAUAGAACAUAAAUUUCUCAGCGAAGAGCAAGCAGCUUUACAAAACUUUGAGAGUGAAAAACAGUUGGCUUUAGAUCAAAUUUACGAUGACUUAAUGGAGAAAAUUAGACGUCUCGAAGAGGACAGACACAAUGUGGAUAUUUCCUGGGAUGACUGGGGUAAUGACAAACGCCACAGCAAGGUUCGAGGGCCUGCCCGAAAGAAAGCAGUUACCGUUACGGGACCCUUCAUUGUGUAUAUGCUACACGAAGAAGAUAUUUUAGAAGACUGGACUACUAUAAGGAAAGCUCUAAAGCGCUCGACAUUGCCAGGCCCUGUGUCAGCGGCCUCCGCGACAUGACCCUAAACUCUUCAUAGUAUAUAAACAUUUACAUAUUUCCUGCUUCCUACAUGCUUCGCCCAGAAGGGAUCUUUAUUUGGUUUCUAGUUGUAGUUUUUAAGUUUCAACAAAUAAAUCAAUUUUCUAAUUUUGCGGAAAAUUUAAGAAA